CGCCGCCCCCGCCGCCCCGCCCCCGCGCGCCAUGUUCCUCGACGGUGCGAGGUGCGCCGCCCCCUGCGCCGCCCCCAGCGUGCCCCCAGGCGGCGCGGCCCUCGCGGACCCGAGUGCCCAGGAGCCCCAGGAGUCCUCGUGCGUGUCGCAGACCUCGGCCGGCGAGGCCUCCGCCAGCCCGGCGACACCCUCACCGUCGUGCAAACUCCUCCUGCUGUCCGCGGCGCCCGUGAAGGAGGACGCGGCCAAAGCCGUGUCCGAGGUGCAGCACCAGGACGACGACGUGCACCCCGACGGCAGCGCCCCCCUCGUGCUGACCGUGCCGGGCAGCGUGGUGGUCAGCGGCCCCGGAGCCCCCACCGCCAACCCCGUCGUGAUAGCGCCCGGCGAGUACAUCGCCCUGGAGGACGAGCCGGCAGGGGACGUCGACAGUCCGGGAGCGCCGUGCGAGAUCCCCUCCGCCACGAUUGACCGGUGGCGCGUGUCGGCUGCGCUCAGCGGCUGGUCCACGUGCGUGUGGGCGGACGACCCCGGCGACCCCGGCCCGGCGGGCGUGGCCAUCGACACGGCCACCGUGGCGACGGAGGGCUACCCCUACGCCAUGGACGGCGCCAUGCCCGGCGGCCCGUUCGACGACGCCAUCUUCACGGACUUCGGGCCGUGCGGCGGCGGCGGCGCCGGGCCGCUGCUGUCCGGGGCGGGCGGCGGCAAGCAGGACGGGCGCGCGCACCACGCCAGCCAGGUCGGCGACAAGGUGAUGCUGUCCGACAUGAUGCUGGGGCUGCCCUCCAUGUCGCCGCAUCACAUGAACAACAACAACAGCACCAGCAACAACAACAACAAGAUGGAGGGCGGUCAGCAGCAGCACCUCCACCAGUCCGGCCACGGCCUCGGCGGCCUCGGCCCCGCCGGCCUACACGAGGUGGGCCAGGGCCUCUACCACCAGGAGCCCAGCCAGCCCGCCGUGGCCUCGCCCAGCCCCGGCCACGGCCACGGCCACGGCUCCAAAGCGGGCGGCGCUGACGGCCACCACCAACCAGUGGCAGCCGAGCAGACUACCCCGAAGAAGUCCGAGUCCAAGAGCUCCAAGAACAAGACGGACAACAACGGCAUCAAGAAGAAAAAGACGAGGACGACGUUCACGGCGUACCAACUGGAGGAGCUGGAGCGUGCGUUCGAGCGCGCCCCGUACCCUGACGUGUUCGCCCGCGAGGAGCUCGCCCUGAAGCUCAACCUCAGCGAGUCCCGGGUGCAAGUAUGGUUUCAGAAUAGGCGCGCGAAGUGGCGCAAGAGAGAGCCUCCCCGCAAGACUGGCUAUCUAGGCUCUGGUACAUCGAGCCCCAGCCUCGGCUCCCCGUUCAGCUCGCUGGGCGGUGGCCUCGGUGGCGGUCUCGGCGGCGGCCUCAACGCCUUCCCACCGGCGGCGCCCGCGCCCGCCCCCGCACCCCACAGCGUGCCGAUGACCAGCGACCCCUGGUCCUCCUACGCGCAGUACGACCUCAACCUCCCGUACGCCUCCUCAUUCUCGUCGCCGAGUAGUGCUUCCUCGUAUAGCUAUGGCAUGCACGACAGCGGGCUGUUCCGGUCGUCCCACAGCGAGUACAUCACGGUGGGCGGGGACGACUCGCCGCCGCAGUACCAGUCCCUGCUGGGCGGCCACUCCCCGCCGUCGCACCACAUCGGCACCGCCACCUACGUGGACCACGUCGAGCACGGCGUCGACGACCUCGGGGACAAGUACCACGACGACGACGGCCUGCUCCACCACCACCACCAUCAUCACAACCACCACGGGGACCCCGGCGGCCCGGGCGUCGCCAAGGACGUCGACCUCGGCGUUGGCGGCGGGCCCUCCAUCUCGUCCGCACCCACGACCACCACCACCAUCGGGGGCUUCAACGUGAUAAACAGGUCGGGCGCCGGGCUCGGCAAGGAGCAGGGCCACAUCAAGGUGGAGCCGGACAUGUCGCAGAACUUCAACCUGCUGCCGCCCUUCAUGUCGGACUGACGCUCGUGGGCCCAGAACCGGAAGGCGUCGUCAGGCUUGGGUGACAAGCCCUGAGUGAGCUCGCUGUCGCGGCGGAAGAGGAGCGAGGCGAGAACAAAACAACUUGUGAUGCUGCGACAGGACGGUGAGGAGCGUUGGGUUGGGUUUCAGCUCAAACCUCCUUCACCGACGACUUUUGCUAGUCUGCGCGAUCUGAGAGAGAAAGCACAAAGGGUUGUGUACACACGGACUUAAUUGGGAGCUCCUCAGACGCUGAGUGUGUUCAUGUCGAUGUGCACAAUAAUAUGCUUUGACGACAGCAGCAGAGCGAACAGGGAUUUUGUGGUUUUCAUCUGCGAAACGACAUCUUUCGGUGGGCCAUUAGAUUUGUAGAAAAAAUUGUUAGUUAUUUUUGUCUCAACUUUUUAAUAGUUUUAUGAGCCUUGACUUAAGUGUGAACUGGAACAUUUACCAAGUUUCUGUUCCUUCUUAAGACUGAAGUCUCUAAACGCGAUUCAAAUUAAAUAUAGCUAUUUUUAAAAGAAUUCAAUUAGGUAUUGUGUAAUGUUACUAUGUUUCAAAUAUGAAUAGGGGGAAACCAAGACGUUUGUUAAUAAUUGUAGUUAUCCUAGUGGUCCUAGUGCUAGUGUAAAGUACCCCCUUCCGAUAACAAAAAAGCACGACUUUUACACCACCCUCUGAUGUCUGAUGCGGUCUUGCCUUUCAGCGGAAGUGUGAAGCCACGCUUAGGUGUUAUCGGUGGGGGGAAAGCAAGAGGCGAUUUGCCCAGCCAGAAUGCUGAACGUAUCGUAGUGUUAAGUUUCUCCGAGUGAGUGUUAGCUGGAAGCAGCUUUCACCUCGGGACUAUUGCAUUCCUGUGCCUUAAAACAUGUGUACUUGUAAAUAGUAGUGGUUUUUAAGACUGUGCCAACUUAUUUGUUGUUUUGUAAAUACUUAGAGUAUUUAAUUGCAGGGGGUUAUUGGGCCCGUAUGUGAUAUAACCGCUUACCAAGGAACGAUGGAAAUCAAAUGGGUAAUAUUUCAUUUGUCCAAGAAUUUUGAAGAAUGAGUAAGCAUACUGUGUGUUAUCAGUGACUCUCACGUUCCGUAUCUAUACCGUUUGAUGGUAACCGUCCAAAAAAUUACUUCCCAUCGCUUCCCCAGUACAUUACGACUACUCAGAUGUACAAACGACAUCACGGUGCCGAAGAAACCUCAGAUCUACGGCAAUACUACUUGAUCGUUUAAUAACAUACGUAUGUUCGUAUGCGAAUAAGCACAAAGUUAUUUUUGUACUUUAUUACUUUUUUAUAAGAAGGUAGCAAUUUUUAUUUAAUUUCUCUAAACGCGAUUUAUUACAAUGAGACGGUUGGUAUUUAUUUUCAAUUGUAUAGGUGGGAAGUAAACUAGUUAAGUGAAUUUCUGUUGAGUCCCUUCAGAAGACAGGUAAAUUUAUUGUUUUCUUCGUUUUCUCCUGUGUAGACUAGACACGUUAUCAUUUUAUGUACAUAAGAGCCAUUUAUAAUAUUUCCAAGUAAGACAUGGGACAAGGUGGUACCUUCCUAGCCCAUACUCUGUUACAAAGUAGGUGCUAUAAUUUCUUGUCGCGAUUCUAGACCGCAACCAUUCCUAGAUCUUUUUCUUUCCUUUUUACCAGUCUCCUAAAUAUAUUUGUGUUGUGUUUAUUAUCUCGAUAACUGCUGUUAGACAAUACGAAUUUGUGAUGAAGCUUCUAUUUACCACUUAGUAGUACGGAGUUUGUGAAAUUUACUUAUGAAGCAGACCUGUCAAAAAUUGACAGAUAGCGAAACGAUAAUAAAAGGACUGCGUAAUGUA